CGAUUGAGGAAUAUAUGGCGGCAAAGCCUGUGGUGUGAGAUAUGGUGUGCGUUGACUCGUUGGCCGCAACUGUGCCAACGGUUCGUCGGCAAAAGUGGGCACCUCUUCGUACAGCACGUGAUAAGGCGGUGGUCUAUCAUGAAAAACAAUAUGGGCAUAACUUUUAUAUUACCAGUGAUUAUCAAUGAAUUGAGUGGUGAGACAACGAACGCCACGACACCUGCUUUGCCCCAUGAAUUCAAAUGCAUGAAACAGUUUUAUCAGAAAUAUUGUGCAGAAAAAGACGCCAAUAUUUUCAAGCAAUUCAAGAAAUGCGAAGACAAAAAUCCACAAGAAAUUAAAGACAUUGAGAAACAAUGCGUCACUAAGAUCAGAAAACAACAAGGUAAAGAAAGUAGCGAACCCACUGAUCUGGAAUAUCAGGCGCUUGAAUGUGAUGCCCAUUUGGGUGAACAGUUUGAAAGUUGUAUGAAUUCAAGCCUUACGGAUCAAAAGAUGGCUGAACUUGAAAAGAAGUAUCCGCCGCCUAAAUUGGACAACAUUGCCAGAGAUAUCAUGUAUUGCGAUUGUGAUGUUUAUAAAAUACCACAUGAUUAAAUGUAACGAAGAGUCAACAUUUGUUAAUAAUAUACGUUAAAAUAUAAAAUCUUGACAGUUUAAUCUAGUCAAUUCAAUAAAACAAUCUUAAUAUUAUUUAAACAUGAAAAGAAGUAUCAACAAAUUUAAUUGAUUUAAUUAAAUCACCC